AUGCUUUCAACCCACCAAAUAUGGACAAUCGUGUUUACUGUGCCAUUUUUAACGCGUGCAAUUCAUGCAAGAGGGAAACUCAAUGUAUUACACAUGAUAGCAGACGACUUAAGGCCAACGCUAGGAUGCUACUCGGAUCCCGUUGUAAAGUCACCAAACAUUGAUCAGCUUGCAUCCAAGAGUACUGUGUUCUACAACGCUUUUACUCAGCAAGCUGUGUGCGCACCAAGUAGGACGUCUUUCUUAACAAGUCGCAGGCCGGACACUACCAAGUUGUAUGACUUCAAUUCCUAUUGGAGAGUGCAUGCAGGAAACUAUACUACACUUCCACAAUAUUUCAAGUCCAAUGGCUACACAACUUUUUCUGUAGGGAAAGUUUUCCACCCAGGCAUUGCUUCCAAUCAUUCGGAUGAUUACCCGUACAGCUGGUCUGUACCGCCGUAUCAUCCUCCCUCUUUGUACUAUGAAAAGAGGAAGGUGUGUAAAGAUAAAGAUGGAACACUGCACAGUAACCUGCUGUGUGCAGUCAAUGUGUCUGAGAUGCCUUUAGGGACACUUCCUGACAUGGAGAACACAGCAGAAGCCAUCAGACUGCUCAAGUCUGUGAGUGAUGCUGACAACCCCUUUUUUUUGGCUGUUGGUUUCUACAAACCGCAUAUUCCCUUCAGAAUCCCACAGGAGUUCCUGAAGCUCUAUCCUAUCGAAAACUUAACACUGGCCCCAGACCCAGACGUCCCCAAGAAGCUUCCCAGUGUAGCCUAUAAUCCAUGGACAGAUAUCCGUAAGAGGGACGACGUGAGGGCGUUGAAUGUUAGCUUUCCCUAUGGACCAAUACCGAAGGAUUUCCAGCUCCAGAUUAGGCAGCAUUAUUUUGCUGCUGUCUCAUAUGUGGACGCCCAGGUUGGGAAGCUCCUGAGUGCUCUUGAUGAUCUGGAUCUGGCGAGGAACACCAUUGUGGUUUUUAGCUCUGAUCAUGGCUGGUCGCUUGGUGAACAUGGAGAGUGGGCCAAGUACAGCAACUUUGAUGUGGCCACACAUGUGCCCUUGAUUGUGUACAAGCCAGAUGAGGCAUCAGCUGUGAGGAAUUUUGGUGAAAAGAUCUUCCCAUUCAUCGACGUCUCUCAGAACUCUGAGGAGUAUUAUAAUGGAGGCAAAGGACAUGGAGUAGAGAGUGUGGUGGAGCUUGUGGAUCUGUUUCCUACAUUGUCCUAUCUGGCUGGCCUGAACCCUCCUCAUCGUUGCCCAAACCCAUCUUUCCAUGUCCAGCUCUGCACAGAAGGCUUCAACCUGGCUUACUUGUUUAAGCACCCUGAGACUCACAUUGAUCAUGAGUCUUAUGCUUUCAGUCAGUACCCUCGGCCAUCGGACUCCAUCCAGCAAAACUCCGACCUUCCUGAUUUGGCCGACAUUCGCAUCAUGGGCUACUCAGUCCGGUCCAAUGAUUUCCGUUAUACCUUGUGGGUGACCUUUGACCCAGUCCACUUCAGGGCAAAUCUAUCUGACAUCCAUGCUGGCGAGCUCUACGUGCGUUCUGAGGACCCAGGGGAGGACAAUAACAUAUUUGAUGAUGUUGAACAUGGUUCUGUUCUGCGUAAACUUGGCACUCAGGCCACCUGGACUGAGAGUUUAAAACAGCACAUAUAUUACUUUAAUGCAGGAUCCAAAUCAAAGGGAGUCUUAUAAUUUAUUCUCUGUUAUACUAUGCACAAGGGAGAGCUGUUUCAGGUUGUUGUUUUUUUGAUGCACUUUGUAAGUUGGGAACUUGAUGUAAAUUAUUCAUUUCAUGUCACAAACUGUAAUAGAUUUUCUAAAGUUUCAGAAAUAUCCCCUGCCCCAAUCCUAAUGUUCUACAUGGAUGUAGACAGAGGCAGCUGUGAAUGAGCUUGUGAGGAUUUCUUGUACUGUAUUUAAAUAGCUAAUUGCGAAGGAACUUCAAAACAAUGUUCCUUUAAAUAGUUACUGUAGCUAGUUUUGAAAGGAUUUAGAACUUGUUUCUUAUUUGGGUAUUAAUCCUCUAUA